AUGGUAGUGGCGUCGGCGGUGGCGUUGGCGUUGGCGUUGGCGGUCGGGUACGUCGUGGCAGCACCGGGUGUUGGCGCCAUGGCGUCUGUCGGUGGAGGACAGGGAGGAGCACCGUCUAGGGGGCUACUUGGCGACGAUCAUGGCGAUGACGGAGUCAAGGCUGUGGGUUUGCUUGUACCACACUCGCAUUGGGACGCAGGCUGGUUGAAGACGCUCUCGGACUACUUCUCCGACGAGGUGCGGGCCAUUCUGGACAAUGUGGUGGCGGCGCUGAGCGAGCCAGGCGGCGAGGAGCGGACGUUCAUCCUCUCCGAGGCUGCGUUUCUGGCAGCCUGGUUUGGAGAUGACUCGGUCGAUGAGAUGACCAAGAGAACGUUGCGUGAACUAGUCGGCGAGGGGCGGGUCGAGAUUGUGGGCGGCGGGCUGGUGAUGGCGGACGAGGCGCUGACAACGCCGUACGCCCACUUGGCCCAGUGGACGGUUGGGCAUGCGGCGCUGGCUGCGGCAGGCGUGCCAGGCCGAGCAAAGUACGGGUGGCAGAUCGACCCGUUUGGCGCGUCGGCGCUGACCGCUGGACUGCUGGCCGGGCAAGGCUUCGAGGGACUGGUCAUUAACCGCAUCGACGCCUCAAUCAAGGCCGCGAUGGUGGCCGACGGCUCGUUGGCGUUCGAGUGGGAGUAUGAUGACGGGAAGCGGCUCCGGACGCUGGUGCUGUACGAUCACUACUCGUCGCCAUUUGGCUUUGACUGGGAGGCCGAGACCCGGGUCGGGCACGGGCCGUAUGUGUACGAGCACAACGUCAAGUCAGUGGCGAAGCGGCUGGCACAGCUGGUGCUCUCCCGGGCGCGUGCGACCGGCUCAGGCGUGGUACCGAUUCCAUGGGGCAACGACUUUUCGUGGCAGGACAUUGACGGGUUUGUGCAGAUGGACAAGAUCUUGCGGUACAUGGCGGCAAACCCGGACAACGACCCGCUGCUGGGCUCGGUCCGGGUCGAAUACGCGACGCUGACGUCGGUCUUUGCUGCCUUGGACGAUCGAAGCCCGAGCGCGGGCUACCCUCUGCUGGCGUACUGGUCGGGUUAUUAUGCAUCGCGGCCGGUAGUCAAGGGACUUGUUCGUGCGGCGGAGGAGCGGAUUGCCGGGGUGGAGGCACUCCGGGCAGUGGCAGGUUGCCAAGCAGCGAGCAGCGCACUUGAUCGUGCGCGCUACAACCUCGGUGUCAUGGCGCAUCAUGAUGCCAUCACCGGAACGGCAGCGGCAUAUGUGGUGUCGGACUAUGUGGCGUUGCUGGCCAACGCGACCACAGCUGCGGGAGCAGCAGCUGUGGCGUGCCUGGAGAAGCGUACUGGACCUCAGCAUGCUAUCACGGUCUUCAAUCCUACUGCUGCGGCUCGGCAGUGGCGGAUCUCAAUCCUCGUUCCAGCCUGGGUGAGUGGCGUGGCGGUAGGCGGGGAGGCAGCCGGCGUGUGCCAGAUGUCGGCUGUGCGCGGGAGUGAGCCGGCAGACGCGCACGCAAUUCCCCACGGCUGGCGUAGUAUGAUGGCGGGCGGCGGGCUUGAGAUCUCUGCGCCGCGCAGCUACAGCCUGCUGAACGUUUCCGCACCUUUGGGUGUUGAGCCGGGUCCUGGGUACCGGGUGGUCGAUGUGGUCGUGGUGGUGGCUGGCUUGAGGGCCGAGGAACUGGUGGUGACGCUGGAACCGAGCAGUGGCGAGCCGGGGAUGUGUACGGGAGCAAGGCGAAAGAGAGUGGUGACUGAUGGAAGCAGCGGCGUCGAGCUCGUGACGGGUGUGGUGCUCACGCCGCGCACGGCAUCGAUGUGGGCUGGACUGGGCGCUACGGUCCGUGUGGAGCGGGCAGGCACGCCGACGCUCGAUGUGGUGCUGAUGACAUACGGCCAUACCGAUGGUGGAGCUUACUUGAUGUACGAUGACUACGGACUGUUUCUCUGGAUUGGCAUGGCAAUCGGAUGGUUGACAGGCUCGGGAGUCAUGUCGUGGUGGCUGCUGGGCGAUCCGCUGCGAUUUGCUCGGUUCGCGGCGAGCCUGAAGUGGGGCGGUGUGGUGUGGCGAGUGGCGCAGUCUCUGCAGCACGCGCCGAGAUCGGUCAAUGUGGCGAUCGGGGCUGUGGAAGGCGCUGUGCUCGCGGCUGUGCUGGCAUUGGCGCUCGAGGCGUACGUGCCGCACUGGAUGGAGGCGGGCGCCGGCUUUGGACUCGGACUAUUGAUUGGCGGCAUGUUGCGGGGCUCGGGCACGUACCUUAGCAGUCUUGUAGGGCUUGCAGCGUUUGGUGCUGGGGUGGCGGUGCUCAUGCUCGGCUUACCGGCAUCGCAUGGCUCUACCGCGCUGGGGGCGUCGCUAGUGGAGGCGAUGGAGGUGAGUGUGGAACACGGGCCUGUGGUGAGCCGGGCGUUCUUUGGCUACUCGGAGCAUCUUGAGCUCGAGUGGGUGGUCGACGAGGUGACGCCCGAGCUUGAGCUCACUGUUCACGUUUUGCUCACGCGACCGUGCGAGCUGGUGGCCCGGAUCAAGGAGGUGGGCCACAGCCGGCGCAGAGCAGGCGACGAUGGCCUUGUCACCUUUGACGGCCUGCGGUUUGUGGAACGGAAGCGCAAGGCGUUCUCUGCGCUGGGAGCGAACUUUUACCCUGCAGUCAUGGGCGCUGCGCUGCGGGAGACGGGCCUCGCUGCGUACACGGUUCAAGCGAUGGGUGUGGCAUCUCUUGCGCCAGGCAUGCUGGAGUUGAUGGUCGACCGGCGGCUAGCGCACGAUGAUCUGCGUGGGCUGGAAGAGGGUCUGCAAGACGGGGUCCGCUCUCAUGUAGCGAUUUUCCUUGGGGACGGGGCCGAGAGCGACGAAGCCAAGUGGCGAGCCCGGGCUUGGGCGCUCAACACGCGACCACUGGUGGUCAUGGGCGCGCGGACCGCGCGCCUGGCCAGCACUGAUGGAGCACCUAGCCUGAAGCGGACGACACUGUUUUCUCUGGGCCACAUGCCAGGCACACACGAUGGAACAGUCCUUGCACGUUUUGUUGUUGUUGAUGCCCUUGCCACGGACGAUGCUGUCGAUGCCGAGGUGCAAGCCUUUCUGGCCGCCGUCCUCCACCUCGCCGGCGAUGCGACUUGUGUCCGUUCCACCCUUGACGGCAGGCUGCCGCCAAUGUCAGCCACAUCGAGCCCCUCGACAACUGCUCUCGGACUGUACCGCGCCCUGCUGCGGUCUGCGUCGUCGUUCUCUGGCUACAAUGUGCGGUCGUAUGCUGUCCGCCGUGUUCGCGACGCGUUCCGGGCGUCGGCGAGUGAGGCCACUUCGCCCGAGGCCAAGGCUGCUGCUCUGGCCAAGGGUCACGAGGCUCUGGCCAUGAUGCAGCGCCAGAACAUUGUGCAGAACAUGUACACCAAGCGCAAGCUUGUUAUUGAGAUGUAG